UUCCUGCCAGGACGCAGCUGGAUUGCCUGCAGGACUGACUUUAUUUAAGAGCGACUCACAGCAAUGCUGGUGGAGAGCGCCAGGGAAUCCAGACCGGUUACUGGCCCUUCUGCUAUACCCAGGAAAGGCAGCUCUUCCUAGCUUGGAAACUAAAGCAACAACAAAAAAAUAUCCAGAAAACAGAUAUAAGGAGACCUGUCAGACCUGGCUUACAUGUAAUAACCUUUUCACUCAUUCUUUUUGUAAAAAGAGUUAUACCCUGCUGCAAACCAUAGCUCCAGAUGGAUCGAGCCUUUACGAACAAAGAAAGCACUCAGUGAUUCAGUUACUAUUUCCAGUGGGCCACAGCCCAGCAUCCCGACAGAAAUGCCAUCAGGAAAGCAGAGGCUGAAGCAGUUGUGCUCUAGUAAAUCGUAGCUACUUAGAAGUGACAAGAUUUUAAGGACCAGGGAGGCAGGAGAGCUCUGUGGUUUGGAGGAACAUUCAGAGCUCACUUUGAUGCUCUCCUCUUCAGCCAGGAGGGAGGGGAUACUUGUUCUGAAGGACUGUAAAAUACUUACCCAUGUUCCCAUAAUCGCUGACACCAAACCCUGAUGCCCCUCAUGCAACAGCACUAUUACACACAGGGAAAAGAAACACAUGACUUCCAGUGCUGGUUUUGCCAGCUAGUGAAGCAUAAAGAAAGGCUUUCUCGAUCUCUGUUCACUCCUCCAGGAAGCAGAUUUUCUCUGAGGUUCACAGAAAGGUUUCUGAAGGCCACAUAGGGAAACCAAAGUGGUGGAGAGCAAACCAGGCCACUGCCCAAGGCAGGGAGGAAGAGGGCUGCAUGCAAGUGGAAAAUCUGUGGAGCAGUCAGUCUCCUCACUUAUCUGGAAGCUCAUGCUUUGCCUCUUUUCCUCGUCCUGUCUGUUAACAAACACCCUGGCGCCAUCCCAUCCCCUCUCAAAGCCUGUGCUGCUCCCAGGCUCUGCCUCCCACAGCCAAUCUCUCCUGCGGGACACAGACUUCGUCUGGAGAAUCAGGCAGGUUACACACGGCUCAGCUUUGCUUUCGCUUUUUAGGUUUAGUGGGUUUUCCCCUGCCUUGUAAGAAAUAGUUUAACACUUUCUGGAACUUCUGCUCCUUCCUCCUUCUGUCCCAUCUGUGACGCCUCUCUGGGGAUGUCCACAGCAAACAGCGGGUGCCGAGGGUGGCGGAGGAAGGCUGGGGUGGCGGAGCGCUGGAGCUGGAGCAAGAGGAACUCAGAAGGGUUCCCUGCCUGCUCCGCGGGGCGGUACUGGGCUUGCCACUCCUUUGAGUGAAGGUGAAGGGCAACUUUCUCGUCUCCUCCUUGAUAUCUGCCCACUGCCAGGCAGAGGCAGCUCCCUGCUGAGGCAGGUGAGAGUCCCACACGGAAGUCGAGUCACUGCUCGGUUCACAUGAGACCUCAGGCGAAGCAGCUGGGGAAGGAAACCGCACCGAGAGAAACCCCAGGGGCUCUGCAGCUCUCCCUGCCUGUGGCUGCAGCCUCACCACCUGCCCCACAGGCAGCUCCCAGGGAUCUGCCCGGAGGAGCAAAAGGAAAGACAGGGGAAGAGAAAGGCUCUCCACUUCACCAUGCAGGAUGAAGUUCUGUUGACUCCCUGGAGGGAUUUUCCUGUUGAAGACACGGACCCAUUUGCCCCCCAGGAUGAAGAGAAGUGGGAUUUCGUCCUGGUAAGCGACAUCCACGAAGUGGGCAGUGAGAAGGAGAUCAAAAGGAAGAAAUUCCUGGAUGAGCUGAGCAAGAAGGGGUUUGCCAUCAAGAAAAUUGAGGACAAGAAGCUAUUCUACGGAGUCCGUGCCCCAAACCAGAUCUUUCGGAAAUACCAGUGGCUCCUGAGGAACUCUAACAGCAGGCCACAAAACCCCGAUGUCCAUCAUGAUGUACCAGCAACCACCAGGAUACGGAUUGUGAACUUCAUCCUGCAGAACACAGUGACGCCCGACCUUGAGAAGCUGCACAACCUGAUGAAGAAGAAGGUCUUUGAGACAGCAUUUCCCCUGCACGAGAAAGAAGAGUUAACGGAAUUCCUAAGGCACAAGUGGGCUCGCUGGAGAGGUAUAUGUCGCCGACAGCCAAUUGAGAAGAUCAGGUGCUAUUUUGGUGAGAAGGUGGCCUUGUACUUUGCCUGGCUGGGCUGGUACACCUACCUGCUGGGAGUUGCCGCAUUGGUGGGGCUGGUGGUCUUUGUGGCUGGGAUUACUGUCUUCAGCUCCAGCCAGGUGAGCAAGGAGAUCUGUGAAGCCAAUGACACCAUCAUGUGCCCGCUCUGCGACCAGAAGUGCCCGUUCUGGCUCCUCUCCGAAACCUGCACCUAUGCCAAGGUCACUCACAUGAUUGACAACGAGGGGACGGUUUUGUUUGCCAUGUUCAUGGCGAUCUGGGCCACUGUGUUCCUGGAGCUGUGGAAGAGGCACAGAGCCACCGUGGUCACCGACUGGGACCUGUACAGGUGGGAUGAGGACGAGGAGGAGCUGGCCAUGGAGCUGAUUAAUAAUUUGCAGCACGAGCCCCGGCGGUACCAGCACUCCUACUUCCGCAGCACCAUCAUACUCCUCUUGGUUCUGGUAAUGAUCGCCGUGCUGAUUGGCAUCGCCCACGCACUUGUCAUUUACCGGGUGAUAGCGACGGCUUUCUUCAGCCAGAGCAACUCAGAGUUCCUCCGCGAGCAGGCCAACACGAUGGCAGUGAUGACAGGGGCCGUGCUGCACUACAUCACCAUUGUCAUCAUGAACAAGGUCAACCGGCGAGUGGCCCUCUACCUCUGUGACCUGGAAAAACCACGGACCUUCUCCCAGCGUGAAAACAACUUCACCGUGAAGAUCUUCACCUUCCAGUUCUUCACAAACUUCUCUUCGCUCAUCUACAUUGCCUUUUUCCUGGGACGGAUCAACGGCCACCCAGGGAACUACAUGCGCGUUGCUGGCAGGUGGAGGCUGGAGGAGUGCCACCCCAGCGGCUGCAUCACCGACCUCUUCAUCCAGAUGGCCAUCAUUAUGCUGCUCAAACAGACCAUCAGCAACGUGAUGGAAUAUCUCGUCCCCUGGAUAGAACACAAGCUAUGCAAGAAGCAGCGGCGCUCCAAGAAGAGAAGCAUGGUGUUAGGAGAGGAGGAGGCAGCUGAGGACCCCUGCAAAAGCCACUGGCUGAGCAACUAUGAACUCAAAGAGGUCAACAUCUUCAGCUUGUUUGACGAGUUCUUGGAGAUGGUGAUCCAGUACAGCUUCACCACCAUUUUCGUCGCUGCCUUUCCCCUCGCCCCGCUGCUGGCGUUCUGCAACAACAUCUUUGAGAUCCACCUGGAUGCCAUCAAGAUGAUGCGGCUGUACCGGCGCAUGGUGCCCAGGAAGGCCAAUGACAUCGGAAUCUGGCUGCAGGUCCUGGAGGCCGUCGGCAUCCUGGCUGUCAUUGGGAACGGACUGGUGAUUGCUAUCACAUCCGACUUCAUUCCCAUGCAGGUCUACAAGUACACGUACAGCCCCUGCAUGAUGGAAAACAGCACUGGCAUGGACUGCUCCACCGGCUACAUCAACCACAGCCUCUCCGUCUUCCGCAUUCAGGACUUCGAGCCCUACACAAAGGUGCCAGAAAUGCUGCCGGACUUUGUCAGGGAUGAGAUCAAGGAAUGCAGGUACCGGGAUUACAGGAACACCGAUGACUACAGCUACACUGUCCAGUUCUGGCACAUCUUCGCGGCCCGCCUUGCCUUCCUCAUCCUCUUCGAGCACGUGGCUCUGUGCGUCAAAGUGAUCGCAGCCUGGUACAUCCCCGAUGUCCCCCAGUCGGUUAAGAAUAAAUUUCUGGACAGAAAACACAGCAACCUUCGUAAACAACUGAGCAUGAUGGAGUACUCCACUGAGGUAUAGCCACCAGCCACCAAGGAGAACGAGACACAUGGACUUGAGCCCCCCUCCCCAGCCUGGCAGUGCCAUGGGUGCAGGACAAACCACCGCAGGACCACUUGAGGAGACGGGCCAUGCGUCCCGGCCAUGACCGAGCCUGGACUUGAGCUGGGAAGCAACUACAGAAUGGUGGCUUUGCAGGAGCAGGAUGCUUUCCGACCAGGGAUGGUGCCUUCCCAGCGUGCUGAGUAGCCAGGGAAGAGCUUUGACACAAGGGACAAACAACAGCAGAGCAGCCAGCUGCUGUCGGGCGAGUGCGAUGCUGGUCUGCAGGUGACCUGGCUUCAUCAGUCACCACAUUUAACGUGCAACUCACCAUCCCAGGAAGAGCCAGAUACCUUGCUCCAGGUUCCCCCUCCAGAUUCUUUUUACGUUUUGGCCCCUUUUCCCUCUGCCUUCAAUGACCUCCCUGCUCUUGCACCUCCAAGAAACUGGAGUCCUUCUUUCACCAGAGCCAGCACAAUCCUCCUCUUAGCAAAACUAUCAUGUGCCUGCUGCUUCAACACACAGUUUUCACGGACAUUAGAAAAAUCCAGUUGUUAGCCUGACUGUGUUUUGCUCCGGGCUCAGCCGAGGCUCUGCAUCUGCCCUAAGCACACUGACAGCUGUGCCUGGCUCAACUACCAUGAGCAAAAUUGUAAAUAAACAUAACACCUGUGCAGACUCAAGCAGCCAGAUCUUCAGCUGCCAUGGAGUCACUGUAUUCAUGCCGGUAUCAUUCCUGCCUCCUGCCUUUGACAUCCACAAAACCUGAAGAAAUUGUGUCCCAAACCCUUUUUUGUCAAAACAUGGAUAAUAAAAAAAGGCAGGAGCUGAAGCGCCUGUGCAUAGCUAGUAGCUGGGGAUGAGUGUGGGCACUAGCUGGUGAGACAGUUAAAAGAAGUUGGCACUUUUUCCCCACUGUGUGCAGUCAAGCACCUCUUAA